AAGCGUGAUUAAUAAGCUCACACCUCAAUGAUUCAACUAAUAUUGUAAUAUGCAACUAAUCAUUACAUUGGGAAAUUCAUUCAUUAUAAUCCGAAAGCAGUCCAGUUUGAAUUCAUACACAUACGCCUCAUUGUAAAUGGAGGGACCGUUGUUUGGCUGAGAUUUAUAUGAAGACUGGUCCCUCAAGGGAUAAGCAUUGCCUUGGUACUAUUUUGAAGAUCAAGUGAGCUAUUCUCUGAAGUCUGGCUAAUACAUGCCCUGAACUAAAGGCUUUGUAUUUCAUGGGAGGCACACAACCAUUUGAACACUUAAAAUAAAAAAAAACCAUGAGAAAAAAGUUCAUAUAUUGAUACAGUUUGGAUCAAGUCAAUUCGAGUUUAUUUUCCUAUGCAGCAGUACGGUGAGUUGCAGAUACAAUAACAAAUCUUGCAGCAGCAUCACAGGAACUCCCCCGAUUCAUUCCCUUCAGCAGCUGCAUGAGAAUGGUUUUCACUGGCCAACCUUCCAUGUGCAACACCUUGGAAAAGCUCGCUCUCCGUGGGAAAUUAGGAUGCGUAAUUUGACAGUCACGAAGCUUGUUCAUGCACAAAUAUACCGAGCAGAGUCUGUGGUUGGCACAGCUUCGUCCUUUCCAGCUGAAUAAGUCGUGCCUGUGAAUGCAAAGAAAACACUGCAUAAUACUGGGCCGUUAUAUGAAGUUUGUUUGGGGUGGGUAAUUGACACCCUCGGAAUUAAACAGCGGCCACUCAUCAUAGGCUUUGGUGAUUAGUGUCUAAGAAGAGGAAAGUGAUUACUGUUUCAUUUCCCACAGGGGGAUGUGCUGAGAUAGUCCAGUGUGGGAGAUGCCCGGGGUGGAUGCUGAUGAGCGCGGAGCUGACAACACAGUGUCCGCUUCUCUCCACAUGGGGACCGUCUCAUCGGUUCGCUCCAGACCGGCUCCGACUCCGGCUGCAAGACGGGCCCCGUCCGCAGCUCAGCGGGCACGGACAGGCGGCGAGGCGAAAGGAUGCCCCUGUCCAUCUGGACCAGCCUGGCCGGGAAGGGGAAAGGUGUGUAGUUCCCGGGAUACAGCUCCGAUCAGUGGCACUGGAGCCCGUCAGCGAACAGAUUGUGAUUCCCAUGCUUUAUUCACAACUCACGACAUGUUCAACAUAGAGAGCCCAGAUGGACAUCUGGAUGAAGAUGGCAACGGGGAGGGCAAAUCUCAGGCGGACUCGGGCACCGCACUUGGAACAAAUGCCCCAGAAGAAUCAGCAGUCAGAAUUUACACCAUGGAGACCACACCCGCAGAAAUCAAGGAACUUGGCAACAGCACCCUGGAGUACUUAAAACCUGAUAAUCCCGAGAAGAUGUGGAUUCGCUUGCAAGGAUUACAGAACUACAGAAACACAUCACAAAGGCUAAGAUGUCUUGUGAAACAGCUAGAGAGAGGUGAGAUCAAUGUGUCAGAUUUAAAGAAGAAUAUUGAAUAUGCAGCCUCGGUACUGGAAGCAGUUUAUAUUGAUGAGACAAGGCGUCUCCUGGACACUGAGGACGAACUCGGUGACAUCCAGUCGGACUCCGUGCCAUCAGAGGUUCGAGACUGGCUGGCAUCCACAUUCACCAGGAAGAUGGGCGUGAUGAGAAGACGACCCGUGGAGAAACCGAGGUUCCGCAGCAUUGUCCAUGCUGUUCAAGCCGGCAUUUUCGUGGAAAGGAUGUACCGAAGGACAUCGAACAUGAUAGGACUGACUUAUCCAGCCGCAGUGAUAUCUGCUCUCAAGGAUGUUGAUAAGUGGUCAUUUAAUGUGUUCGCACUCAAUGAAGCCAGUGGAGACCACGCACUGAAGUUCAUCGUGCAUGAGCUGUUCACCCGAUACGACCUUAUCAAUCGCUUCAGGAUCCCUGCAGCUUCACUAAUAACUUUUGUUGAAGCCCUGGAGGCAGGUUAUAGCAAGUACAAGAAUCCUUACCAUAACUUAAUCCAUGCAGCAGAUGUGGCCCAGACUGUGCAUUAUCUCAUGCUCCACACUGGCAUUAUGCACUGGUUUACAGAACUGGAUAUCUUAGCCAUGCUCUUUGCUGCUGCCAUUCAUGACUAUGAGCAUACAGGGACCACAAAUAACUUCCACAUUCAAACCAGAUCAGGUGUAGCUAUUUUGUACAACGAUCGAUCUGUUCUUGAAAACUAUCACGUGAGCGCUGCGUACCGAUUAAUGCAGGAAGAGGAAAUGAACAUCAUGUGCAAUUUGACGAAAGAUGAUUGGAGGGAUCUGCGAUCUUUGGUGAUAGAAAUGGUUUUAUCAACUGACAUGUCUUGUCAUUUCCAACAAAUCAAGACCAUGAGAAAUACUUUACAGCAGCCUGAAGGGACUGACAAAGCUAAAGUCAUGUCACUAAUGCUGCAUGCCGCAGAUAUAAGCCACCCUGCAAAGUCCUGGGACCAGCACUACCGGUGGACAAUGACAUUGAUGGAAGAAUUCUUUAGACAGGGUGACAAUGAGGCAGACUUAGGGUUACCAUUUUCUCCACUUUGUGACCGAAAAUCCACAAUGGUAGCUCAAUCUCAGAUCGGUUUUAUUGAUUUUAUUGUGGAGCCAACCUUCUCUGUUCUGACAGAUAUAGCAGAAAAAAUAAUAACACCUCUUAUAGAGGAAGCUUCUCAAUCUGAGUCUGACUUUCAACGGCAGAGUCUUGCCAAUAUUGGAGUAGGAACCACUCCAGACUCAACCCGAAGGCACAGCGUAAGGAGCAUUGCAUCAGAUGGAGGCUGUUCCACAGAGUAUUCGGUAUCUACCGUGGACAUCAAAUGCUUUAAGUUGAACUGGAUGGACAUAAUUCAGCAAAAUAAAGAAAAAUGGAAAGAGCUGGCAAUUCAAGAUACAGAAGAAAAAACAAGGGAGACUACAGAACAAAAUGAGAAUGAUGACCAACACCAGAACAAUGAUGACAGCACUGAGAAUCUAAUAGCAGCAGAUGAUAACAUAAAUAUGGGAUGUGACAAAGAGAUCCUGGAAAGGCAUAGUUCUCCAUCCAAGUCACUUGUCAACCAGGCUUGCCAGCUCUCAACAGCUUCCAGCAGCCCUAUUCUGCAAAGACAUCUCCAUACCACCGGCUGUGAUUCAGCAAACUGGCACCAUGAUGCUAAUGUAGCAGAGACUGUGAUUCAACAUGGACCACCAUGGAAUGGUGAGGUGAAACACAUUAAGAACUCGGAGGAGUCAAUGAAUAACAGCAAAGCUAACGAGAGAAUGGAACAUAAAGCUACCUUUAUUCAUGACUAAUUGAGAGAGGCUUCCAAGAAUGCGGUCCUACAUGGAGAACAAGAAAGAAAGGGUUUAACAAGUGGCUCUGGAAUGAUUAGAAAUAUAUACUACACCUUCACUGAGCACCUCUCAACAUCUCUGGUGCUUUACUUCCAGGAACUUGGACUUGAUAAUGUGACAUUGUCCUUUAAAAGAAGGAGUGGAGCAGGUGGCUGAAAUGUUCUUUUUAUGAACAAUUUAAUCUAACAAUUUCCUCUUCAAUAACUUUCCCAUUUGGCAAUUGUUGUAUAUCUUACAAUAUCAGCCAGCACAAAAGGACAUCUGGGCUCGCUUUGUAUUGCUGAUAAAAUUGCUUUUGAUAGCAGCACUUGCAAAUAAUUUUGUUCUUAAGUCAGUUGAUAAAAGCUUCAAAUUGGAACAGAAUGACUAAUCUUCCCUACGCUUUAUGCCCUCGACUAGAACAACAAACAAUGUACAAAUAAUAAUUUGACAGCUGACAAGGAUGUUUGUAGCCUCAGGAUGCACUGUAGAACUUCAGGCAUUUGUAUAAUUGUUUCAUUCUGAUGGGAAUAGAAUGGGAGGCCUAUGUAUUUUAAAUUCUGCUGAUGCGCACAGGCAUUUUUAUUGCUCUCAGUACAAAAUUAAAAAAGAGCCACAUAUUACAUUGAUGCAACCUUUUGAUCUCCCUUGUGUGCUUCUUCAUAAUCAGGCCCUAACAUGAUUAAAAAACAAUGACACCAAAGUGAAUAGAUUGUAACAUAGGAGGUAAGAAAUAGUUCAAAGAUUGUUGACCCAAUAAAUGUUAUUAGUACCCAGCAUCGCAAUACAUAUGCUUAUGUAUUAUGCCGUAAUUUCAUAGAUUUGUAAAUACACUGUACCUUCAAUGUUGUGUUGAUGAACCAUUUCAGAGCUUUAUUGUAAUGUUGUUAAUAAACGAUAAAGAAAAUUCAGAUCUAUACUCAAUAAUUUAUUAAUACCACAUGCUCUGAAUUUUACUGUUUCCCUGUCAUGUACAUUUUCCCUAAAUGUACAUUUUUUUUUUCUGAAUUGCUGAUCCAUUCUGGACUGAAAACUUUUAUUGUUUUGCUAAUUUAAGAUAAAUGUUGCAGCACUGAGUCUCACCAAUGGGACCCGGACAUUCAAAUCCCAUGAAUUACUCCAUCACAUCUGUUAAUUGUGAUACGCACAUUAGGGAUGAGUUUCCACAGGAGCUUAACCUUUCUAUUUUCAGUCGAAUAACCUGGGAAAAAAAACCCAUUCUCAGUGGCAUUUACGGCCUUCCUCCAGGAUUUCCACGACCUAGCCAUUGAGGUUUUGGUGGAUAAGGCGGAGAAGGUGCAGAUUCAUUCACCUUCGUUCUUUCAAAGUUACUUUACCUGUGGACACUAAACAUAGUGCUCAUGGAACAUUAAUAACACAUUCACAUUUCAACAUCAAAUAUAAUACAACAUUGACAAUCGUAAAGGAUAGUUAGAGAAUAGGAGGUAACUUCACAGAAUCGCCAUGAUUCAAGUUGCUGCCAUCCAAACUAAUUGUUGAAAUGUGGCCACUUAAAGCUGUUAAUUGUUUUGAAUGGAAUUGUUUUUGAAAUGCCGGAAAUGUUAAUUUGAAAGGUAAAAUGCAACUGAAUUUCUUUCAUCUCUCACUGAAGUAUCAAUGGAAGAUUUAUAUGAAUUGAUAGAAAAAUUGGCUACUGCACCAUCUCUAAAUGUAUCUGAUGAUCAUCCAUCCUGGGUUUAAUGGGAGAUCAAAACUCCUUUAGAUGUUCCUGGUGCCAAAUACAGACUAGAGUGUUCACAACUUGUUUUAUUCAUCGCAGGAAACCUGAUUUUAAAUAACACAAACAAUUCUAAAAUUAAUGUAUUUGGUGUUACUGAAUAUGUUGACAAGAUGUAAGAAGAAUACAAGACACUGAGAUUAAAAACUAUCAAUUUAUUAAUUAAUACAAAUUAACUUGAGAUUUUUUUUAUUACAGAUGCAAACAUUUGUUUUUGUUGUAACUUAAUGCUGAACUAUGAUUCAUGAUAUUUUAAGAUUUAAGUGAAAUUACAAACCACAGGACUCAAUCAGUCUUGAAAUCAUUGAGAUGAGAUUAAAUUAAAAUACUGCAUUAUUCAAUAUUCUGAUUCACCAUGUAAUCAGAACAGUCUAAUCCUAGAUUUUUGUGUUUUAUUAUUCCUUUUUUAAUUGUAUGUGACAUCAGUGACUGCUCAGGCUGUUCCAUAAAAGUAUCUCCAUCAGUAGUUACAUAAUUGCCUAUUUUAGCAAAGCAAGAAUGGCACAGUGGCGCAGCUGUAGAGUUGCUGCCUUACAGCGCCAGAGACCCAGGUUCAAUCCUGACUGCAGGUGAGGCCUGUAUGGUGUUUGUACUUUCUCCAUGUGACCACGUGGGUUUUCUCCGGGUGCUCUGCUUUCCUCCCACUUUCCAAAGAAUAGAGAUUUUUCGG